CAGCAGCAGCCGAACCAGCAGCAGCAGCAGCGGCAGCAUCAGCCGCAGCAGCAGCAGCAGCAGCUGCAACCUCCCUUCCCCCUCCCCCUCCCCCUCCUCCUCUCCCUCUCCCCCCCCCUCAGCAGCAGCAGCAGCCGAACCAGCAGCAGCAGCAGCAGCGGCAGCAUCAGCCGCAGCAGCAGCAGCAGCAGCAGCAGCUGCACCCUCCCUCCCCCCCUCUCCCUCCUCCUCUUCCUCUCCCCCCCCCUCAGCAGCAGCAGCAGCAGCGGCAGCAGCAGCUGCACCCUCCCUUCCCCCUCCCCCUCCUCCUCUCCCUCCCACCCCCCCCCCCCCCCCCCCCCCUCCCCUGCGGCAGCAGCAGCUGCACCCUCCCUUCCCCCUCUCCCUCCUCCUCUCCCUUUCCCCCCCCUCCUCAGCAGCAGCAGCAGCCGAACCAGCAGCAGCAGCAGCAGCAAGCGGUGGAGUGCAGCAGCAGCAGCAGCAGGAGCAGGAGCAGCACGAGGAGUGCAGCGGCAGCAGCAGCAGCAGCAGCAGCAGCAGCAGCAGCAGCAGCAGCAGCAAUCGACAAGCUGCAGCUUGCUGCAGAUCGUUCGGCCAUCAAUUGGCACUCAUUCGCCGGCAGCAUUCGCCGCGUCCUCCAGGAUGCUUUCGUCGGACCCUACUGUGUCCUUGACGUCCUCCUUCGCCGUGCGCACGCCCUCCAGCCGACAUUACCCAAUCACCCUGGUGAACUCCCUCCUCUCCCCGACCCUCCUGGCUCUCCUCCUUCCGAACCUGAGCUGGUCAGGGCCUCCAUCUCUGACCUUCAAGCUGCCGCCGACACCACCUUCCUCCACAACCGCCGCGAGUACCUCGUUCGCAAGGCCGCUCAUGAGGUUGCUGUGCACAACUUCGAGUUCGCAACGGCAGAGCGUGCCACUCGCCAGGCUUUGCUUGACACCUACAACACGGCCAUGGCACUCCACAUCCCCACCAGCCUCGCCUGGGCCGCUGCCGACAACCGCGCUUGCACCAUCCUCCUUGGUGCACUCCCCGACGCACUCAUGCGUCGUUUUCAAGCCCGUGAAAUGCGAGCCUCCCUAAUCUGGGCUGAGCUCCAGUCAAUGUUUGAGCGUCGCGACAUCAGCUCUGUCGGCGUUCUCCUCCAGGAGUACUUCUCAAUUACCCUUGCUACCUGUGACGGCGCAGUCGACUACGUCGGGCGCAUGCAGGAAGUUGCUGAUCGCCUUGCGGCCCGUCAGUGCGUCCUCCCUGAGCCGCUGCAGAUCCACCGCCUGCUCUUCAACCUCACACCGGACUAUGAGUCCCGUCUGCACGCCUUCACUGAGGCACACCCCCUUGCUGGCCUCGACCCGGUGGUCCAGUGGAUCAUUGAUACGGAGGUCAAGCUCCGCACUCCCAUUGUCAACCUCACCACCCCUCAGUCCUCCUCCUCCCCCUUUCUCAAUGCCACACAGCCGCGCAACCCAGGUGGUCGCAGCGGCGGAGGAGGUGGUCGUGGAGGGGGCGGCGGUGGUGGUGGUGGUCGGGGCGGUGGUGGUGGCCGUGGUGGCCGUGGUGGAGGUGGUGGUGGUGGUGCUGGCAGUACCGCUCCUGGAGGUCCCCCUGGUGCCGGUGGUGCUGUCCUGCAGCACUUCCAGCAGCACCAGCAGCAGCAGCCGCCGCAGUUCCUCCAGCCGCAACAGCAACCUCCGCAGCAGUACUUCCAGCAGCAGCAGCAGCAGCAGCAGCAGCAGCAGCAGCAGCAGCAGCAGCAGCAGCAGCAGCAGCAGCAGUUCCUGCAGCCGCAUGUCUCUGACACUCAGGGCAGUUUCCUCGGUCAUAUUGAUCAGCAGGAGGGGCAGCAGCGGCAGCCGCAGCCGGGGCCGCAGCAGCAGCAGCAGCAGCAGCAGGGGCAGCAGCAGCAGCAGGGGCAGCAGCAGCAGCAGCAGCUGCAGGGGCAGCAGCAGCAGCAGCAGCAGCAGCAGCAGCAGCAGCAGCAGCAGCAGCAGCAGCAGCAGCAGCAGGGGUCGCGGCAACAGCAGCAGCAACAGCAGCAGCACCAGCAGCAGCAGCAGCAGCAGCAGCAGCAGCGGCGCCGAAGCCAUCACCUGCCCUGA